GAGAAAGAAACAGAGAAUAUCGAAAGGCUAAAACCAGGGUAGACAAAGAAACCCUCAUUCGUCUUCUCUCCCGACUCUCCUGAUCCAAGCCAUGGGUAUUAAGCAGCAAGCCAACUGGUCUCCGUACGACAACAAUGGAGGAACAUGUGUUGCGAUUGCAGGUGUAGAUUACUGUGUCAUAGCUGCAGAUACUCGAAUGUCGACGGGUUAUAACAUAUUAACUCGAGAUUACUCCAAAAUCUGCAAACUAGCAGACAAGUGUCUGAUGGCUUCCUCUGGAUUUCAGGCUGACGUGAAAGCUUUACAAAAAGUUUUAUCUGCUAGGCACUUGAUCUAUCAGCAUCAACACAACAAGCAGAUGAGCUGCCCUGCAAUGGCUCAGCUCCUUUCCAACACUUUAUACUACAAACGUUUCUUCCCUUAUUAUGCUUUCAAUGUCUUAGGUGGCCUUGACAAUGAAGGAAAGGGUUGUGUGUUCACGUAUGAUGCUGUUGGAUCCUAUGAGAGGGUUGGAUACAGUACUCAAGGUUCUGGUUCUACGCUGAUCAUGCCUGUCUUGGACAACAAGCUGAAGUCUCCUAGCCCUCUCUUAUUACCUGCCAAGGAUGCUGUGACCCCACUCUCGGAAUCAGAAGCAGUUGACUUGGUGAAGGAUGUUUUUGCAUCUGCAGUUGAAAGGGACAUAUACUCUGGAGACAAAUUGGAAAUAGUCGUUGUAAAAGCAGACGGUAUUCGACGAGAAUACCUGGAAAUGAGGAAAGACUGAUGUCUUCUACCACUGCUUCUGCGUCAAUGGUUGUUAUGGUAUUUCGGCCUCGGAUGUUUAUCUUUUGCUUGGAAAGCACAUACAAUUACUUGCAACAGGGAAAUGUCUUGGAUGCAGAUGCAUGUAAUUGAAACCGGGGAAUGCCUGAUGUUUUCUAUUUUUCAUUAUUAUCCUCGUAUACAUUCAGAUGUUGGUUUAUUUCAAACAAGUGAGCAGGCUGUCUUAGGAGACUUUUCGCAACCCUUUCAACUUUAUUGAGAUAGAAACCUUGAAAAUUUCUAGUUA